CACCAAAAAACUGAAAGAAGUUCUGAAAGAAGCUCUGGUGUUGCUGUCUGGUUGAUGGGAAGAUGGCUAAUAACAGGUAAGAGUCGUAUUUUUUUUUUUCAUGUAUUCAUCAUAAUGAUUUUGUCUAGUUAGUAAUUAGUGAGUUUGUUUUUUAUGUAGUGAUUUUAGAAGAUUUGAACUAGCUGUUCGGUGGCGAUCAGAGAAAGUAGAAGACAAUUUGGGUGUCCAUUUUGUUGGUGGUCUAAGUUUCCAGAUGACUAUUCCAUCCAGGGUGAACUAUCAGAAACUUUGUGAUCAUCUAAUUCGGAGAAUACGGAUUAGAGACCAAACAGUACAACAUAGUGUUGUGAUUACAGGUUUCACCUACUGUCUUCCAGAAUGGCAGAAUGGUGUUUUAUUUCAUUAUGCAAUGCCUAUUGUCGAUGAUGAUAGCUUAAAUGUGCUUUGGAUUUUUAUGGCACAAAUCCUUAUUGUUUGGGUGCUGAGAUACAUGCUGAGCUCAGUGAGGAUCGGGGUGGAGAGGAAGACGAUGAUGACAGUGAUGACACAUGGAGCAUGCCAUCCGAUCAUGAUUAUGAUGACGGUGAUGACGGAGAUGAGGAAGAAGAUGAUGAGGAGGAGGAGGAGGAGGAGGACGAUGACGGGGAGAGAGGAGAACAACCUAAUUUUCCUCCAUAUUUUUACUUGCAGGGUAAUGAAGAGGACGAGGAAUUAUCAUAUGAUGAUUCAUAUGGCGUAAUUCCAGGGUCUACUGUUGGUGGUUUUGAUGGAGAAUUCUACAAGGGGCAAAUAUUUCACUCGAAACAAGCUGCACAGGUGGCGAUGAAACACUAUGCACUACAACGCAACUUUCAGUAUAACGUGGUGGAGUCGUUACCUUCAAUCUGGAAGAUCAGAUGUUUGAUGCACAAGGAGGACAAAUGUCCUUGGAUGGUGCAGUUUGGAUGUCGAGAAAUGGGAGGCGAUUGGAGCGUGAGAAAGGUUGAGUUGGUUCAUACUUGUAGCAGUACGACACAACCGACGGAUCAUCGCCAUCUUGAUGUCGACGUGAUAUCUGAGGCCGUCAAACACUUGGUACGUGCCCAACCAAAUCUGAGUGUUCUAACUGUUCAGGCCGAGUUGAAAGAUAAGUUUAAUAUGCAAGUUACUUACAAGAAGGCUUGGUAUGGGAAACAAAGAGCAUUGGAGAAGUUGCAUGGAAAUUGGGAAGAAUCCUAUGAUUUUUUGCAAACAUUCUUGCGGGUGGUCAAGAGAAAAAUGCCAACAUCGGUGAUUCAUUGGGUAAGAGUUCCUUCGACUCAACCAGGUCAUUCAAUAUUUCAGCGAGUAUUCUGGGCUUAUGGACCUUGUAUGGAUGGAUUCAAGAAUUGUCCAGGCGUUAUGGUUGUUGAUGGAACAUUUCUUACUGGGAAGUAUAAAGGAGUGCUACUCAUGGCGAGCUCAUUUGAUGGACGGAAGAAGAUUUUUCCAAUUGCAUUGCCAUAGUGGAGAGUGAGAAUACUGAUAGUUGGCCAUGGUUCAUAAGUCACGUUCAGGGUUUGACUGAUCGAAAUGAUGUAUGCAUCAUCUCAGAUAGACAUGCAGGACUCUAUGAAGCCAUGAAUAACAUCGGAAGAGGUUG